AUUGUCGAAGCAAUCCACUAGUGAUUUCAUCAUAUACAUUGCACGAGCAGCACUCAACUAUGGAAUCCAUUGCUUAACAGGUAACAGUAAGACUCAGCACGCAACAGUUAAAUCUAAUCCAGGGAGAGCGAAUCACAAACCCUCGUUCCAUUUCCCCUUCUCGAAGGUUUGUGACUUUCUUCAAGCAAAGAUCGCAAUUGCAUUUGUGGGAAUCGGCGAGAAAAAUGCAGGGUUGGUUCUCGGGGCAGAGCAGCGAGGAGGAGGCGAAGCCGGCGUCGUCGUUGCUGGCCGAUUGGAACUCCUACGCAUCCGCCCAAUCCUCUGAGGACUCCUCCGCUUUCCCCUUCGAUAUCGAAUCCGCCGUUAGGUCUGCCAACGACACCGUUUCCGGCACUUUCAGCGUGGUUUCUAAAGGUGUGAGAGAUCUACCUGGCAAUUUCCAGUCUGCCACUAGCAAUGUGCCUUCUGGCAAAGCGCUUGUGUAUUUUGGUUUGUUUCUUGCUAGUGGAGUCUUCUUUGUUUUCAUAGCAUUUACAUUAUUUCUGCCCAUCAUGGUGGUUAUGCCCCAAAAGUUUGCUCUUUGCUUUACACUUGGGUGUGGAUUUAUUAUUGGAUCAUUCUUUGCUCUCAAGGGUCCAAAGAAUCAGCUUGCUCACAUGUUGUCAAUGGAGAGGCUCCCUUUCACAUUGGCUUUUUUAGGCAGUAUGAUUGGUACCAUAUAUGUAUCAAUGGUGCUUCACAGCUACAUUCUCUCUGUGGUAUUCUCUGUAGUGCAGGUUCUCUCACUUGGCUACUAUUCUAUAUCAUACUUUCCUGGUGGAUCUGCUGGAAUGAAAUUUCUGACUUCUGCUUUUACCUCUUCCAUAAUGAAAUGUUUUGGGCAGUGACCUAAUUUUUUGUUGAUAGUUGAGUUGAGUUCAGACCUGUGUCCAUAUAGUAGUUGACUUGUAAAUUUGUCUCCUAAGAUCUAUCAGCUGAAGCUUCAAAGUGACCUAAGAAUAUUACUGAGUUGAAGCAUCAUGUAACAGUUUCUUAGGGUUCAACAUUUGUUGUCACUUGCCACAUCUAAAUGAAAAAAAUUGUUUUGCCUCGGGUUUGUAAAAGCAAAUUAACACUGUCUGAUUGAAGUUAAUUGUUGCUACCUUUGUGUUGCAAUUUGAAAUAUAUUUUUGUUCGAGAAUUUA